AAUAUACCUCAUGGUAAAUGUAAUCGUGGAUUAAUGGUCGUAGCCUCUCUACGACAUAUAUGUGAUAGAGAAUUAACUGAUGAUGAAGAGAAGAAGGCUAUUAUAUUAGGAUGGUGUGUAGAAUGGCUCCAAGCUUUCUUCCUAGUGGCUGAUGAUGUAAUGGAUGAAUCCAAAACAAGAAGAGGACAACCUUGUUGGUAUACUAAGGAUGGCGUUGGCCUGGAGGCUGUCAACGAUUCUUUUCUUAUUGGAGUAACUACAUAUCGUCUUUUGAAAAAGUAUUUUGGUGAAGAGUCUUAUUAUGUUAAAAUAUUAGAGCUGUUUAAUGAGGUCAGUUAUCAAACUGCAAUAGGUCAAACACUUGAUUUAAUGUUUUCUCCACAUAAAGAUCUCGACUUUACUAAGUUUACUCUUAUCAGAUUUAAAACUAUUGCCAAACACAAGACUGCAUAUUAUUCUUUUUAUCUACCUGUAGCUUUGGCUAUGCACAUGGCUGGAGUAUCUGAUGAUAAGUCUCAUAAUAUAGCUAAAACUAUACUUUUAGCUAUGGGAGAAUUCUUUCAAAUUCAGGACGACUACCUAGAUUGUUUUGGUGAACCAUCAAUCACUGGAAAAGGUGGUAGUGAUAUUGAACAAAGUAAAUGUACUUGGUUGAUAGUACAGGCUCUAGAUCAUGUCAAUGAUCAACAAAAAGAUAUUUUAAAGGCAAAUUAUGGUAAGAGUGAUCCUGUGUGUGUCCAGAAGGUGAAAGAACUCUAUAAUGAACUUAAUUUAAAGGAAUUAUAUCAUCAAUAUGAAGAGAGUAGUUACAAACAACUCAUGUCUCUCAUUGAGAAUAAAGUAAAGGAGACACAAUUACCUCCUGGUAUGUUCCAAGAGUUUGCUGACAAGAUUUACAAGAGAAAUAAAUGA